GACUCAAUAGGAGGCGGUGAGCAUGUGAUCGUGUUUCCUGAGUAGGAUGUACUGUCACUUUCUGUUGGCCAAUCAAACACAGUCUUGUGAGUGAAAAAUGUAGAAGGGAUGAAGAUUGUUCUCAUUCAACACAAUAAUUUCAACAUGAUGACAUCUGCAAAGUUUAUCUUCUACCUGACAUGUUUGUUCUUGGGGAAAAUGGUUCAGACGACCGACCUGGAUUCCUCCUCAUCUGUUCAUCAAGGGAAUAGUUUUCUAUCAGUUCAAACUAGGGGGAACUUGACGUUGAAAUGUUUUUAUGAAGCCGUUUCAGCAGGAAGGGUUCACUGGUUUAAACACACUCUGGGACAGAAACCGAGGCUCAUCUCAUCCUACAACAGGUUCACAAACCUUACAUUUUAUGCUGAAUUCAAGAAACCACGUUUCAGAGUGGAUACUGGAAAUGAUCGGAAUCACUUGACGAUAAAAGAUCUGCAAAUGAAUGACUUAGCUACUUACAACUGUGUGAACAGUAAUACACACAAAUUGGAUUUCUUGGUUACAACUACUGUCAGUGUACAGGGUUCUAGUUCAAACAUCCCAACUUUAAUCCAUCAGUCACCAUCAGAGACCAUCCAGCCAGGAGGCUCUGUGACUCUGAACUGUACAGUACAAACUGGGACCUGUGAUGGACAACACAGUGUUUACUGGUUCAAAGACUCUGAAGAAUCUCAUCCAGGACUCAUUUACACUGAUGGAGGCAGCACUGAUCAGUGUAAGAGGAAACCCAACACACCAUCACACACCUGUGACUACAACCUGCCGAUGGAGAGCCUGAAUCUGUCUCAUGCUGGAACCUACUACUGUGCUGUUGUCUCGUGUGGACACAUUCUGUUUGGAAACGGGACCAAGCUGGACUUUAAAGAUGAGAAGGACUCUCGUGUCUUGGUUUAUUUGUUGAGUGGAGCUCUAACUUUCACCAUCAUCCUUAAUGUCCUUCUGGUUUUCUUACUUUGCAUGAUGAACAAGAGAAACCGCUGUGAAGUUACAGAGUCUCAUGCAAGAUGUUCAGCUCCCGUCACACCAAAUGCAGAGGGUGAACAAAAUGAAUCAAACAUCCAAUAUGCGGCGGUACGAGAACAAAAGACCAGCAGAUCUAGAAGACAAAGGAACAACCUUGAGACUGAAUGCACAUGCUCAACUAUAAAGCUGUAGGAGUGUACGUGCUUCAAAGGGGUACCAAGCAGACCUAUUAGACUCUGAGGUCAUUUUAUCACUUUCUCUUUCUUGUGACUACGUGUUGAAGCAGCAACUGUUGCUCCUUUCUGAUAGAUUCUCAAAAGAUGUGAUUGAUUUACUUUAGGGCUUUGCUAUGGAAUCGCCUCAGACUGAUUUAACUGUGUUCAAAGGGAAAAAGUUAAAUUACAUUACAGGUCAUCUACAUCAAACUGACCUUUUAGCUAUAUCGGUGUAUGUUUAUGCUUGCAUGUGAGAGAUCACUCUAUAUGAAGGAAAUGAAGAAACUGGAAGGAAGGGAUGACGUAGAGAACAGUUACAGAACUAAACUCAGAUGUAAGACCCUCAUCAGAACGAUGAGUCAACAUGCCUUUGGAUUUAAGAUACACUAAGUCAUUAAGUUAGUUCAUUGGAUCUCUAUUUGAAGGGCUUUUGUUUGUCAGCUUGCUGCUGUGAGUUGUUUGCAAAACUUUGAAUUUUGAAAAUUUGAAAUGUGUGUUGAAAAACCACAGAUAUACACAAACAUUUCAGAUCAACUAGUUCCAAACACAUCAAGGAAGUGUAUAUGCGUCCAUCUAUGAAUAUGAUGUGAACUUAGUAAUUUCUCAUGUGUACUGUGUAAGAUCGGGCAAUGGACAAUAGUACAUUUUUUUUUUUAAAGA